GUCUUUCUCUCUCUACAGUAAAUAUAACCAGGAGGUCUUACAGCAGGUCUUCCUCAGCUGUAAGAAGCGAGGUCUGUUGAAUCGUCGCCGUACCAACACCUUCCAUGGCCCUAAAAAGAACCGUGGUGUCCCCUGCCUGCCCAUGUCCUAUCAGCUGUCUCAGCAUUACUACAGGUUUUUCUCCUGGCGUUUCCCAGGUGCGCUGUAUAAUGAUGUGUAUGAACUUCUGGAGGCUCUGGGGGAGAAAGGACGAGUGGACCGACCCAACACUUUCUGCUUUCAGAAAGAGAAAGCAAGGGAUGAGGGAGAGCAGGAGAGUGGGGGAGGAGGAGGAGCAGGAGUGGAGGAUGAUGAUAAGUAUCUGGUACCUGCUAGUGAUGUGGAGGACAUGCUGGUGUUCUCCAUGGACUCUGCAGGAGGAGCGACAGCAUGCUGUCUCACUUUAAUGACCCUGGGCCUGAUGAGCGUGGACAUCUGUAUACCACAGCAGAUUGUAGUGGUGGACAGCACACUGGUGGACAACGAGGUAGUCAAGAGCAUCACUAAAGAGCUGGAUGAUGAGGAGGAUGAUGAAGGUGGAGCUCGGUUCGAGGUGAAGGCUCACCAGGCGUCUCACACUAACUACCUGCUAAUGAAGGGAUAUUUCGUCCCCGGUAUCAUCAGCCUGAGGAACAUCACGUCUACUGAACACAUCGCAGUCAACGCCUGCAGCCUGCACAUCCGCCUGCGCAACACACACACACACUCUCUGUUCACACACACCGGUAAGACACACACACACACUCUUUGUUCACACAGACCGGUAAGACACACACACACACUCUUUGUUCACACAGACCGGUAAGA